AUGUUCGAAAUUUUUGUGUUCAACCAGAUCACAUCUUCUCACUCCACUUUAACAGUUAGCUUCCUUAAAAUAAUGGCAGAUCGCAAAAGUAUAUUCCUCAUCCUCACAGCUUUAUGUUGCUAUUUUUUCUGCAAUCAUUGUUACGCAGAAACAGAUACCUUACAACAAGGUCAACAUCUUACCGACUGGGAUGAACUGAUUUCACCAAAGAAGGUAUUUUGUUUGAAGUUCUUUAGCUUCGGCAGUAGCAUAAAACCUUAUUUAGGGAUAUUCUACAAUUACAACACCCUAAAAAGAACUUCUGACGGAUAUGAUAAGUUAUACUUGAAAGAUAAGCCGGUUUGGGUAGCAAACAGAAACAAUCCGAUCACAGAUAUAUACGGCGAACUCCUGAUAGAUAUCCAUGGCAAGCUGAGCAUUUUAUCUGGUGGAGGCACUGUUGUUGAUCUCUUCAGUAGUCCUCCAAUAACACGCAACGCAAGUGCUAAACUGUUGGAUACUGGAAAUUUCGUGUUGCAAGAACUGUAUCCAGAUGGGUCAGUUAAGCGGGUUUUAUGGCAAAGUUUUGAUUACCCAACAGACACCCUUCUUCCUGGGAUGAAACUGGGGAUUAAUCUCAAGACUGGCCAUGGAUGGUCACUCACUUCUUGGAGGAGUGAAACGUUACCAGCCGAAGGGUCUUUUACAUUAACAGGAGACCCAAAUGCCACAUCAGGUCUAAUGGAAAUGGUGAUCCUGAGGAGAGGGAAUGUUCACUGGAGGAGUGGAUCUUGGAAGAAUGGUGGAUUCGAAAACACUGGUCUACAAUUUUCUCCCGAUGUCCACCUCUACUAUGUAUCUAAUGAGACAGAGCAAUCGUUCACAUAUCUAACAAAAACCUACGAUUCAUCGCCAGCUCUGACCAUGUAUUUAAACGGUCAACUUAAGGGUUCAACUGUAAACUUAGACGUCCAGUGUAGCUCAAUCAAAGACGCUGGUUGUGCUGAAUCUGACGUCCUUGAAGAGAUGAAUUGCCGGAAAUAUUGUUUUUUCCAAAGUAAAGAUUCUUUUGACCACAUAUAUGGGGAUGAGUAUGAAUAUGAUGAAAGCCAUAACUUGACUGUUUAUGAUUGCCGAAGAAUAUGUUGGAACAAUUGUUCUUGCGUGGCCUUUACUUAUGCAACCGCAGAUGGGGCAGGGUGCAAGACUUAUAAUAGUCAAGGGAUACUCCGCUCAGAGGAAGCUAAAGAUAAUAUUCCAUACAGCGUCAUUGAGUGUCAUCCAAAUCCUUAUAGCGAAUUUAAUGAGGAGAAGAAGAAGAUGAAGAAGAAGAACCGGAUUUUGUCGAUCAUCGGGAUUGUCUCUAUUGCUCUAUUCCUAUCAUGUUAUUUCGUAUACAAGAAGCUGCAUAUUAGAAGGGAAGCUGUUAGAGACGCCAUACUGUUUGGUGUUUUUAAAGCAAAGAAAAUCCAAAAGCUGUUGCUGCAUCAGUUGAGGCGCCUGUACAAAAAUAUACAAACAGAUAUGAAGAUCAACCCUGAGCUGCAUUAUUUCACCUUUCAAACCAUCUCAUCUGCCACAAACAAUUUCUCAAGCGCUAAUAAGCUAGGGCAGGGUGGCUUUGGAGCAGUUUAUAAGGGAAAAUUAGUUGAUGGGCAGGAGGUUGCCGUGAAACGACUUUCAAGAGGCUCUGAACAAGGAAUCAAGGAGUUCAAGAAUGAAACUGAACUCAUAGCCAAACUUCAACACACGAACCUUGUCAAGAUUAUAGGGUGUUGCAUUGAGAAGAAAGAGCAAAUUCUUGUAUAUGAGUACAUGCCUAAUAAAAGCUUGGACUCCUUUCUAUUUGAUCCUAGGAAGAAAGGAUUACUGGAUUGGAAUACCCGGUUUGUAAUCAUUGACGGCAUUGCUCAUGGACUCCUAUAUCUCCAUAGGUUUUCAAGGCUGAGGAUUAUCCAUAGAGAUCUGAAAGCGAGUAAUAUCUUGCUAGAUGACUACCUGAAGCCAAAAAUAUCAGAUUUUGGUAUGGCUAAGUUAUUUGGGAUCAAUGAGUCUGAAGCAAAUACAAGUCGAGUUGUUGGAACACGUGGUUAUAUGCCGCCGGAGUAUAUGUUAGAAGGCUCUGUUUCAACAAAGACGGAUGUGUUUGGUUUUGGUGUUUUGUUGCUUGAAAUAGUAAGCAGCAAGAUGAAUCAUGGGACCUAUGAUGUGGAACACCCACUCAACCUUCUAGGGCUUGCAUGGGAAUUGUGGAAUGAAGGCAGAGGUUUGGAGUUGAUGGAUCCAGUACUGGAAGAUUCAUGCACUCCCAAGGAAGUAAUGACAUGCAUCCAUGUGGCUCUGCCGCCGCCUCACAACGCUGCUUUCUUAUCUUCCCGUCACCAUCGAUUUGCUGGCGUCGUAGAUUCCUUACUGCCACCAUCGAUUCUCUGGCGUCGCAGCAGGGCAGACCACCACCCUACCACCCGGAAGGCCGAAAGGGAACACAAAAUUUCCAAACUCCAACGGCCAGCCCCACACCUCCACUCCUCCAUCGGAUCAAUGAAGAAAGAAGGUGCUAGUGAACUAUCUCAUGGCUCUAUUUUUGGACCUUCAAAUGAUAUCUAUAAUGAAAUGGUUUCAUUUGGAAUGGAGGAUUUUGCUAAAGAAAUAUGGAGCAAUGGAACCUUCUCAUUAAUGAGAAGGUUGCAUUUAUCUCAUCUGAUAAAAUUACUUAUUGGCAUGAACGCAGGAUUUGAUGGAAUUGGGGAUAUACAAGCAGUGCAACUAAUCUCAAAAUUUGACAAUGCUAUAACUCAUUACUUGUUAGACACAUUGGAGAAUUUGAUGCAACACGUUGAUCAAGUUGAAGAGGCACAUUGGAGAAUUUGCAGGCACAAUUUCAAAGGUAAUGGAAGUAGAAAUGCAACGAUGACAAACACAACUUGA